UCACGAAAGGAGUAAGUGGACGCCUUGUUUUCCUUCAGCGAAUGGUGUUUGUGUUUUUGUCUUUUUAGGUGAAGUCUGUGCCAUCAAACUAUUAACCUCCUCCUGUUCCUCCCUCAGGUGGUCCGUAGGUCAAAAACCCGUUGAAGUCAUCCAUAUUCAAAAGUGACAUCUUUGUUCUUUCAUUUUCUUAUCUCUCUUCCUGCAUGCUGCGAUGCCUUCGAGCUGUGAGCUUAAAUCUACUCAUCCGUUUCACACACUUUGCUUGUACCCACCCGCUCCAGGCUGGGAGAUUAGCAUUUUUUUUUUAUUUCCUUUUUAAGUUUCGUGGGGGUUUUUUUUCCCCCCUGCCAAUGCAACCAAGGGCUGUCCCUCUAUCUUUUAACCCAAUUUGUUUGUCAUCGUUCCUUGCUUUGAUUAUCUCGGCUGGGUGCUUUUUGAGCCAUUUCUAAUAUUUUUACAAUUUCCUGUGGCUUAAAAACAAAUCUGCUCAAAUGCUAACAUGCUAACAGUUGACAUGCUAACAUAGCAAGAUAGACAUUACUGUAAAGAAAGUGCUGAGGGAGCUAUAUUUACGUGUGUGUGUGUGUGUGUGUGUGUGUGUGUGUCUUUCUGUCUUGAUCUUUCUUUUGUCAGACCCCCAAAAAGAAGCUGGUUGUCAUGGCAACACACCAGCCUCCUCUCACAAUGGAACUGUACUGUAUAACGACAAAAAAAAGUAAUGUAUUAUAAAUUUGAUUACUAUUCACACACACACGCUAAUGUUUUUGUGCUAAAGUUGUCGCCAGGAGCCUUUUUAUCGCCAAUCCCGUUACACGCUCCUCGUCCCUGAUGCUUAUUGCCACGGCAACUGGCAAGGCAGCAUAUUUGGCCAUAACUGUUAAGUGUCAGGAAGAGGAAUUGUGUGUAUUGCUGGGGGAAAUUACACAUUGUGACACACACACUAGACCCCCACUGUGCUCUGUGAUGUUUCAAUUUCCUUCCCUGGCGUUUAUCUGACUUCCUCUCCCUUGAAGAGACUUCAGAUACCAGUCUCUCUCUAACACACACAAACACGCCCUUACACACACGUAUCAAAUAAAGAGGUCUUGUCGGUGACUUUGUCGAUUUGCCUUUAACCAUGAGUGAAAACAAGAAGCCGUUUGCAGAUCAGAAAUGUGCCCCUCUUCAUUCUCCUCUCCGCCGUCCCCUCUCAUGUUUCUCAAAGUACAGAUGGAGGAGGACAGAAGACACCUGGAAGAUGGACAAAUGGGAGCUGGCGUACCACAACUGCACAAGGUCACUGGUGGUGUGGUGGUCCAUUGGCGUGACUUUGGCGCAGGCAGCGUUGCUUCAGUUGCCACUCAGUGGCAGGGUGAGUGCGAAUGAUUGUCGCUCUCUAUUUGUGCCCUGUGAUUGAAUGGCGGCCAAUCUGGGGUGUCACCUGCCUUUCGCCUGAACUCAGAUGGGGUAGACUCCAGCUACCCCAAUGGAAAUGUAGCUUUGUAUUACUUUUAUUUCUAAAAUAUAUCAUUUAUUUCUGAUAGUUUUUUAAUUAAGUAAAUGUCAUUUUUACUCAUAUCACCUUACUACCACUUUUGCGUCUUUUUAUUUCAUUUUAGUGCAGUCAUCUGCAUUUUGAAGCUAAUUUUUCCCCUCGAUUGGAAAUAAUGGAUUUUUUUUUUUGCUGCAGCAGCGCCCUCUUGUGGACAAACUCACUGUGCACAGUUAAUGAUGCACCUACACAGCCGCAGGUGCAGGCGAGCUAACGGGACAGUUUCUAUAUAGGCACAGCAGGACCGGAAGCUCCCUUCAAACCUUCGACGUAAAAUGUAGGGCUGAAAUAACCAAUGAACAACGCCAAUAAAAACCUGGGUAAUAACAAUACUGUUGUAAACACUCGUUCAGGGCUUCAAUUGCGCUUCGAAACGUAAUCGAAAUGAUUUACCACGCCUGUUUGAGCGGCCUCUAUUAUCAAAAGAUUUUAGUUCGAAGUCGCUUAACAACAUGUCAACACUUGACACAUCAGACUUUCUAAUUAGCGUUAUCCGGCGAUGCUGGUGCACCGGUACACCGGCUGCAGCUAGCAGGAGCACCGACUUCUGUCACCAGUAAAAUAAAUGCAUCAAUAAAAUCACCCCUAGAAGCCCGCGUUCGUCAUGCCAAUUCGGACGAGGAUUUGACACUGAACGAGCGUGAGUAUUUCUGCAAAUUGUAGCCAGCCGCCGAGAUGCUGACUGACAUGAGCGUGGAAGAGGAGUUCGAACUGAAGGAGGAAGAGCCUUGGUACGACAAGCAAGACCUCGAACAAGACCUUCAGCUGGCCGCCGAGCUGGGCAAGUCACUGCUGGAGAGGAACCGUGAGCUGGAACAGAGCCUGCAGCAGAUGUGCUCCACCAAUCAAGAGCAAGUGCAGGAGAUUGAGUACCUGGGCAAGCAGGUGGAGCUCCUGCGGCAGGUGAACGACCAGCACGCCAAAGUGUACGAGCAGCUGGACGUGGCGUCUCGCGAGCUGGAGCAGAGCAACCGCACGCUGACUCAGGACAACCGCACUGCCCAGCACAAGAUCCGCGGGCUGAAGGAAACGGUGGAGGAGCUGCAGACGCGCGUGGACGAGUUGCAGCGGGAGACGGACGACGUGAAGCUGGGACCCUCGCAGGUCGCCCGGCGGAGGUGGCGCGGCGGCCAGAGUCUGGAGCAACUGCCAAAACUCAGGCGCCGUGACGACGAUCCGGAAGAAGCCCGUCUCGGCAUAGACUGGCGCGACGGCGUGCGGCGGUGGCACGAGGAGCAGCAGGCGUCGCUGCGCCGCUCGCUACGCAGCCUCCAGGCCCAGUACGCGGGAGAACGCGCUCGGCGGGAGGAGGCCGAGCGGGAGGCGGGGCUGCUGAGCAGGCAGAACGAGGCGCUCGAGCAGCAGCUGGCCGGCAUGGAGGCGUGCAGGUUGCGAGUGUCCGAGUUGGAGCGAGAGGCCGAGGAACUUCGUCACCUCUGGAAGUCAAAAUCCUUCUCCCGGCUGAAUGUGGCUUACGCCCUCCCCGAGGAAGAGGCGGAAGUGGAGUGCGACGGCGAAGCCGAGCCCGGCGGGGCGUCCCCCCGCGGUCGGCGGCCCCUCAAGCGCUGGGCGAGCGAGCGUCUCCUUCAAGCCAAGCCCGGCGCCGAGCACGAGUGCCGGUGCGCUCAACGAGCCGCGGAGGAGGAGCGUGGCGGCAUCUCGCUGCUCAACGAGGUGGACGCCCAGUACAGCGCCUUGCAGGUCAAGUAUGAGCAGCUCCUAAGGCACUUUGGAUUACAGCAACGCCACCAAGAGGAGCCGAGGCACAAGGCCGUCCAGACCGCCGAGCGCACCGCCGGCUUCCGGCAGCCCGAGUACAAGGAACUGUUCCGAGAAAUUUUUGCUCGCAUCCAGAAAACCAAAGAGGACCUGGAGAACAGGGCCGGGCCACCCUGCACCUGAUGCCAGGCGCUGAGCCAGAUGUCGGGGAGAUAAAAAGCAGGUGGAAGACGAGCUUUGAACGGAAACCCGAAUUUCUUUCUCACUAUUUCUUUUGGGCCAGGCCAUGCGGCCUGAACAUCAGUGACCAUUUGAUUGCCACUAUUGUCUGGUUUUUGCAACGUUGCAGUGAGCGCCGUGUCUUGGCAGGACUCUGCAGGAGGACGUCCGUGAUUGCUUUCCUCUGGGAUCCUUUUCAUGUCAACAACGUGUCACCUGAAAAUGAUGGCGGCUUCCUCGGAGGUGAAUUUGUUGCUUUUUUUAAAAAAAUUCAGGUAAAGGAAGCCACUGCUUGAUUUGACUCGCUGCCCUCUGUUUGCGCCGACUUUGAGUGGAAGCGGCGCAUGUCAAACGGGAUGACGACAGAAGCAGCAAAGAAGACUAAAUUGAUUAAUCACCCAGCCCUAACUUGUACUUUUUUUGUUUGUGGAGAAAACUGUCGGUACCCCAAUGUUUGUGAAUAAAGGGGGGUGACAAU